AUGUCUGUCGAACCAGCAGCCUUUGUGCAGGGAGAGAUUUUUCGAGAAUAUAUUGGCGCCAAGCCUUCCCCGAAAUUGAGAAAAUUCCCAGUUGAGAUCAUCAAUCCAAAAAUUUCAGAAUUUCACUUCAUUUUGGCCUUUGCCACAGACGACUACGACCCUACUACGGGAAGAGGCAAAGGGAAUUUCAGACCAUCUUGGAAUGUCAGUGACUUCAGUGCUGUCAAAAUCAAAGAAAUGAAGGCACAAUAUAAGAAUGUGAAGGUGGUAAUAAGCAUUGGAGGCCGUGGCACCAAAUAUCCAUUCAAUCCUGAAGACAAACUACAAUGGACUCACAAUGCCAAGAAGUCACUCAAGGAAAUUCUUGAAGUCGACUAA